AUGACCGAAGAAUCCAAUGAUUAUUCGAGUACAAUGCCACAAGGACAUUUUGAUACAGCCGAAACAGUCCAAAUUAGUGGCAUUGCUCUUCUUAAAAUGCUUAAAAACGCUCAAGCUGGAAUUCCAAAUGAAGUUUAUGGUUUAAUCGUCGGUAGGUUUAUUGAUGAUUAUACAGUAAGUGUUGUUGAUGUAUUUCCAAUGCCCCAAAAUCCAACAGGUGGAUCCGCUCCAGUUGAAGAUCCUUAUCGUAACCAAAUGUGCAGUCUUUUAAAGAAAAUUGCACGAACAGAAGAAGUAAUUGGCUGGUACAAAUCUCACCCAGGUACUGGAGUUUGGCUAUCUGGUGUAGAUGUGAAUACACAAAUGCAAUGGGAAAAAAGCAAUCAAAGAUGCAUAGCCGUAGUUAUCGAUCCUGUUCAAUCUGUCAAAGGAAAAGUCGUUAUUGGUGCUUUUAGAUGCAUUGCUCAGUACGCUUAUUCAAAUUGCGAAGAAUGUCGUGAAACAACAUCUUUUAUCGGACAUUUAGAAAAACCAACUACAAAGGCUUUAGUGAGAAACCUCAAUAGACAAUAUUAUUCGAUGCCUGUUACUUAUCGAAUGAAUAUCUACGAACAACAGAUGCUUAUGUCUCUGAAUAGACAAGUAUGGGUUAAUGGAUUCGAACUACCAAAUUUCGUCAAAUCAGAUAAGAAGAGUAUCGAACAAAUCAAUCUUUUGACUCAAAUUUCACCAGACUACAGAAGAUCCAUCCUUGAUGAGGAAGGAAUGAACGAAAGUGAACUUCUCGCUCGUCAUAUCGGUAAAGUUGACCCAGAAGCUGUUAUUAAAGAAGAAACUACUGAUCUAGCAACAAAAGAGUACCAGUGCUUAAUUAGAAUUCAUCAUGAUAUGAAUUCAUUUUAG